GCACAUGCGCAGAACGACAGGUGGUCGGCGACUCGACCCAGCCGUCUCGUCCGAACCUAUCGACUUCUCAUCCUCAUCAUCAGGCGCUUUCGUGCUCUAGCAAGAAAGAUGUGCAGUGCUUUGUGUUGAAGUGCUCGUGGUGACAUGGCGUCUUUUAAUUAAUUGUUAUAGCAGUUCUGGUGUUUAAAAUUUAGUUUAUUUACAAUGAGUGUGAAUUAUGAUCGUGUUUGUAGACUGUGCUUGUCAUCUCGGGGCGAAUUACUGCCGAUUUUUCCUACCACCAGUUCGGAUGACUCGGAGCCUCUCGUCCUCGCCUCAAAAAUCAAGGAUUGCGUGGCCGUACAAAUAAACGAGAAUGACGGCUUGCCAUCGAAUGCCUGCAGGAAAUGCGUGGACAACGUCAAUAACUGGCACAUAUUUAAGACAGUAUGUGAAAGGACACAAAACAAACUACAGUCUCUGAUUAAAAAAGAUGGCAGCCAACUAGAAGAGGUGAACAUAAAAAGUGAACCAUUAUCAGAUGAGGCCUAUGAUGAUGGAGUGGUAAUUGAUGGAGGUUAUAAUGAGGUUGCCAGUAGCAGUAAAGCGCAGCCGGAGGGCCCUCCAAUCUUGGCUUCGCUGGGGCUCACACCGCGGAGUGAUAAGGGCGUCGAAAGCGAAAAAGACGAGGAGGAGGACGAAGAUGAAGAGCUGUUGGAGCAGGCCCCGCAGCAGUAUACCAAAGCCGUGCCCAACAUGCCGGAAGUGUCCAUCACCGUGAUGCGGCCCACCGGGGAGACCCUCCACGCACGCCAGGGCAUCCAGCAGCUCGCCUCCAAAGACUGCCUCGUGUGCGGCCGCGCCUACAGGUACUCCCACAACGCGCGCCGCCACGAGCUCACCUCGCACAGCUUCGACCGCUACACCAACAAAAUCAACCCCCCGAGAAAACCCAACCCCACCAAACAUUUGCAACCCAAGCUCAGGCUCAACCCUUUCAACCCCAAAGCGCGGCUCAUGCCCAACCCCAUCAGUCACAAGCAGUUCCAAAAACCGAUGCCGUCUAGGAUCAUACCCUCGCGAGUCGUCGCUCCCCCGAAACCUAUACCGAUCAAGCAACCGAGCAAACCCGUUCAUAACAAUUUACCGUACCCCUUGCGUAUAAAAGCUCUGAAGGAUCUGCAAAUUAAGAAGAAGGAACCGCAAAUCUUGAAGACCCUUCUUACGGCUAAACCCGAGCUGUUGGUCUCCGAGCCCGAAAUUAUUAACUCUGCACCAGAGAGCCCGGAAACUUUAAUAUCGGAGCCGGAGAUAGCGUCGUUCCAAGUUGAAACUAUUUUGGGCGAUCCUGGUUACGACCAAAAUCAGGAGGAGGAGGAAGCCGAUGAAUCCCAUAAUCAAAAUCAGCAUUAUGACACAGUCGAUAUGGAAUCCGACAACGAGAUCGAAAUCGCCCGUCAACAAGAGAAUGAGGGGGAAGUCGACGAGACCCAGGAGGAACAUGAUGGAGAUGACAACAUGCAACAAGAUAAUGAACCAAUGGAAGGCAUAGAAGGUGAAAUUAGUGAGAACGAGAAUGGGCAACAUGAGGAAGAUGAACAUGGCGGCAGCCAAGGAGACAUCACCAUAGACGAACAAAAUGAUAUUCAAGCUGAGACCGAGAGAGACAACGGUGAAAGUAACGGAGACAGAGAGGAGGAACAGGAAGACGGUAACGAUGCCGAGGAUAACGAAAAUGAAAAUGAGGAGGACGAGGAUCUCCCGCCGGGCUUAGCGCCGGUUGUAGAAAUCAAUGAGGAUAUGCAGACUAAUUCGUACAACAGCGAACAGAAUGAAGACGAGGAAGAGGAGCUCGAUGAAUCAGCUGCCAACGAAACUAUCGACGAAGACGUCAAGGAAUAUGAUCCCGACAAGAUCUAUGUCACGAAAACGCAGAGAGAUUUUAUCAACAAAUACAGAGAUAUCAUACAACAGAUCAACACUAAAAGAUGUCUUUGCUGCGAUAAGGAACAUCCCCGCAGAAAAGCCGUCAUACAACAUUUACAGAAAAAUGGACACAAAGUACCAAAGCACACAUGCUAUAAUUGUGUUAUAACUUUUGGCCAUAUUGGCGCAUUGCUCAGUCACAUGAGAGCUAACGUUUGUACGGACUUGUGGAAGGUUAUUUACAACGAGGAGGGAAUAACUGACGACCUGGUCAUGGAAGAGCCCAAAGACAACAAGGUCCAGUAUAAGGAUAUCUUCAAUGCUAGAUCGUAUGCAUGUAAACUGUGCCCGGCUAAAUUCCAACUUAAACAGUUUAUUAUGAAGCACGUUCUGGAUGUGCACGAGGACGGCCAGUCCCGGGUGCACAUGGCCUGCGUACACUGCGGGUCCAGAUUCAAAGACAGGUCCCUGUGGAAGAGGCACAUCCGGAACGGGGAAUGCACAGUUUACAUUGCAUGCGAUCUAUGCCCUGAGAAAUUCGUCAAUAUGCAAGACUUCAACGACCAUGCUCUACAUGUUCACGCCGGCAGUUUCGAUCCCGAUAAUCAGAAAAAUUGCAUCGACGGCCGCCCCACCGACUGCCCUCUAUGCGGCAAGAAACACGCCAACUAUCCUAACUUGGUGAAACAUUUGAAGACCGCUCAUAACGAGGACAGACCUCACUACUGCCAGAAUUGUGAUGCUAAAUUCGAAACCAGCGUCGACCUGAAUAAGCAUAUCUACGCCGAACAUUCCGAUAAAGUGUUAGGAGCGCAGCCCAUGGAGCCCGACAUGUCGCUUGUCAAGGAGGAAGCGGAGGAAUACCAUUACUCAUGCACGGAAUGUAACGCCAUAUUCGAAACCGUAGACGCCUGGACCGACCACCAGGUCGCGGAACACAAUCAAGUCGCGCACCAUUGCGACCAGUGCGAAAAGAAGUUCCUGCGCCCGUCCGAGCUGGCGGAACACAAAAAUACGCAUUUGAGAGUGAAGUUCUACCCCUGCAGCGUCUGCUCCAACUCCUACAGCACACCGCAGAAACUGUCCGAGCACGUCCAGCAGGCGCACCCCGGCGCCGCGGCGUUGGCCGCAGGCGAUUCCGAAUUCUUUUGUGAUAUUUGCAUCAGGUCCUUCAAAAGUCGACAGGCCUACUCCAACCACAUGCGCAUCCACGCUAAAGUUCCCACCACGAACAGAAAACCGGGCGAGUCUAAAGGGUUCGCCCCGCAGAUAAUCGGAAAGCCGAUCAAGCAGUUCCCCAUGAUCCAGACGAGCUUCGCGGCGUUCAAGCCCAACAUCAACGUUCCCAACGCCCCAUACUGCUGCGACAUAUGCGGAAAGGGCUUCAUGCACAAGAAAAAUAUAUGGAAGCAUAAGAAAGUUUUGCACGCGGAUAUCCUCAACGAGAGGAACGACAGCGAGGAGAACACCAUGCAGGCGUCCACGGAGGAGGACGAAUAUGUUAACGUCGACGAAAACGGUAUCGCGUUGUCGACACCACAGUUCAACAGCUUCAACUUUUCAAAUUUCGCUAACAACGCCCAACAACAUCAACAGGCGCAGCCGGCGGCGGCGGCGGCGCCCGCGGACGCGACGCCGUUCUCGUGCGAGCUGUGCUUCAAGCGCUUCCCGCUGCGGACCAGCCUCUGGAAGCACAAGCGCGCCAAACACGGCAUCAUUAACGCCAGUGCGUCCGGCAACCCCGAGAACCAGGCGCAGCCGUCUCAGCCCUCCGAAGGCGGCAGAUCCAGUUGCACAAUUUGCAAGAUAACGUUCUCAGAUAAAAAAUCGUACUACCGCCACAGAAAGAACGUGCACAAAUCCUCGGCACAAAUAUGUAAAAUCUGCGGGAAACCGGUGAACUCCACGUUGGAGCUGUACGAGCACUUGAAGGCCGCGCACGCUCGUGAAUUACUAGGAUAUAACGCUAAUCAGGGCACGAGUAAAGCGCAAGAUAUAUCUCAGGAGGGCGAGGUGGAGUAUGAGGCCGAACCCGAAAUCGCGGACCCCAGCGCGGAGUAUCAGGCUCGAUACCCGUGCGACACGUGCGGGAAGCAAUUCGUGGGCCUCUUGGCGCUUCAGAACCACCAGUGUAUAAAUCAAACUGUUUCGGAACCCCAAACGUUCGACUGCGAGAUCUGUCACAAGAGUUACACGUCGAUAGCCGCGCUGAAGAGUCAUCGCGGCUGGCAUCUCCGCUCGCCCGACGGCAAGGCCGCCGCCAACAACAGCGGCCUGUGGAUGCCGCAGCACAAAGUCACCAGCAAGGUCAGCAAGCACGAGGUCGUCGACCCCUCCCAGCUCGCGAGGGUCACCCACUCCACUCCCACCGCGACCGCCACCAACAAGAGAAGACUGCCGCCGGAGGUCGAAGUGACCGUCGUCAACCCUAACAAGAAAUUGAGAUCCGACGAUUCUAUGGAGCUCGAGCAGCAGAACAGCAUGCCCGGCACCCUAGAAGAUAGAUACUGCACCAUCUGCGACAAAGAGUUUACGAAACGCGCGGCGUACCAACGCCACAUGGACGAAGUUCACCAGCCAAACUCAGUGUUCUGUCCCGUGUGCGACAAGAGCUUCACGCGCAAGUCGACCCUGCUGGUGCAUAUGAAGAAGCACUAUGGGGGCGACGGGGAGGGCAGCUCUAGUGCGAUAGGGCAGGCGGAGGAGGACGCGUUCGCGUGCGACGUGUGCGGCGCGCAGUGUGGCAGCGAAGGAGCGCUGCGCGCGCACCGGGCGCGCCACCACGCCGAGGAGGAGGAGGAGGACUCCGAGGACGACGGCAACGUGCCGAUGGCGCAGCCCGGCGAGUUCACGUGCGGCCAGUGCGGCGACGGCGUGGCGACGCCGCGCGACCUGAUCGCGCACCGCACCAUGCACGCCACCCCCACAAAAUUCUUCUGCAACAUCUGCAAAGUUUACUUCGCGCGAGCCCUCGACCUGUCCUCGCACACCCGCGCGAGGCACUCCGACAACGAAAAGGUUUACUUCCCCUGUGCCAUGUGCGAACGUUUCUAUAUGAACAAGAAGAGUUUGCAGCGGCAUAUUGAGAUGGCUCACUGAUACUGAGAGCUCGAGUGCUUGUAGCGUUAAGUUUGUUUGAACCGGGUUUGACGAUUACUGCUACUGGACGCGAUAGAUACGAUUUAGCAAGUCGUUUUUGGCCAAUUGACUUGGCGUACGACUUUUGUAAAUGAUUGAAGCGGUCGGGGGUCGUGUCUUUGCCGGGGGUCUGCCGUCAUUCCUUAGAUGUUACUUUGAAUGUGUGUUGAUUUUAUUGUCUCUCGUAAGCAUUGCUCACUUCCCUUAUUUUAUUUACGAUAUUGACUUUGACAUAUUUGUAUAGAGGGACAGUGAAAAAUACAUGUAAUGUGUUUUAGGUACUUACUUAUCAUGACUUUCGGGAUAUUAUCAGUUGAGAUGUAACGAAUUAUUUUCUAUAUUAAACAUUGGAAUAUUGGGCCAAAAUUGUGAAAUAUAGUCAAAAUUAGUCAUAAACCAGUGUUAAGAUUAGAUAUGAGUCAUGCUUAUAUAUACUUGCGUUUUCUAAAAUUAUGGGUAUAUUAGGAUGGAGCGUCAAUGUAUUACAUAUAAGUUUGAGAAUUUGCAUGAAUUGGUUAGCAUAUUUUUUAGUAGAAGCAUUAUGAAUAUGGUGAUAAGUAGUUGUCAAAAUGCACAAUAUCCGAGUAAUAGGACGAUGUGGCUGUAAUACAUUGACACUCCACCCACAUAAGAUUACUAAGACCAAUGAGAUCGGUCUUCAAUGAGUUAUUUUUUAUUUUUUUGUAUUUAAAGUAUACAUUCAGUUUUACUUUAUUCUGUAAAUAUAUUAAUAGUUUAAUUUAAAUUAAUACUAAUGGUAAUAUUAGGACUUUUUAGUUAACGGAAGCGUACUAAAAGAUGACGUUUAAGUUUUAUUAAAUUGUACUGAUUAUUUUUAGAUAUUUCAAGUGUAUAGUAUUUUAUAACUACCACUAAGGGCAUAGCGCCUCAUCUAUGGCUAUAACUAUACUGUGAAGCUAUCUAUAGGUACUUAAUGGCCUUCAAAUGCUCUUUAGGUUAAUCUCAUAGUAACUGCAUUUUUGCCGGCUCAGACAGUUGGUGCCAGUUCGUCGGUUUUUAAUAGUUUUAUCUAUUUGCAUCUUUGACAUUUAUUACUAACCACCGAAAAUGGUACCUACCUAAUAACCCCUACCUACCCCUACCCCUACCUGGUAGCUGUGAAUUGUUUUAUAACUAAAAGUCUGGUGUAUUGGUAUUAGCUAUCAAUAUUGUUUAUAUCUACAAAUAGGGAAAGUCCUUCUGACGCAGUUAAAAUAAAUAUCAGUCCAUGGGGAUAUACAGAUAAUAAUAAUCCUCCUGAGUCCCUGAGGCCUUUAUAAAGGAUUUAAUCCAAAUGGAAUUUUGAAUUAAAAUGGAAUAUAAGAAGGUUCCAAAUUCAAAACUGCAAUAAUGACAAGGGGGACUCAGGAGGUUCGCACUACAAGUGAAUUGCGCAAGUACAGUCGCCAUCAGAUUUAUCGGAGCGGCCAAGGUGCUUACAAAUAUCUGAACACGCCUCUAUUGUCAAGGUGUCAAGUGCGUGUUUAGAUUUUGUGAACACCUUGGCCGCUGCGAUAUAUCUGAUGGCGACUGUACAUUGAGAACGCAAGACCAAAUGACUGAUGCGUGUUGUCAAAAAGUUUGAUUUUACCACAUUAUGUACCUUUAUUAUUUAAAUUUAGUAAUUCAUAUUUGCCUAUGUCAAUAGGCAAAUAUGAAUGUUCUAUGUGAUUGACAUGGUAUCAAUUAUGUCAUACUUACAGAUGUUACAAAAAUAUUAUGACUAUAAUAUAUGUAUAGUAUUCGUUCUGUUGGCGAAUCCAAAUGUUUAUACUUUUGCACUGUGAAUAUUUUAUACUUCUAGAAGUAAACUUACCAUGGAUCUUGCAAAACUUAUCACUGGAAAGCAUAAAGUGCCAAAGCUUUUUUUAACUUGCGUCAUCUCAUAAAAUAUUUAAAUAAUAGCUGUAAGAAUGUUCCUGUAAUAUUGUUGUACAUUUGAAAUAUGACUUGGAUAUCAAAUGUUAUUUCAUAAAUGCUUUAUUCUUAUUGAACUGACGAAACAAAUUCGAGGUAUCUUAACGACAUAAAAAUGUUUUAAAAUUGUGUUUAUUAUUUAUACGUUGCAUUCAUGCUUGGAAUGUGGCCACGCAAUUAUCAUUACACAUCGUCAAAUUAAAUCAAAUCAUUGAAUUUUAUUUACGCACAAGUAGUGGCUAUUUUUCGUCGGAUGUUAAUAAUGUGGUGCCUUCUCAUGUUUGUUAAAAAUGUAAAUUAAUUAAAAAUAAACAACAUUUACAUUCAAACGAUAGACUGUAAUGUUAAGAGGCGUAUAAGUUAAUCUAAUUGUACCUAUUUUAUUAAUUUUAUAUUUUCCAAAAUUGACCAUGAUUUAUUUAAAUUACGUUUACCUGAUCAGAAAAUUGUAUUUUAAUAUAUUUAUGCAAAUAUUUAUCAGAACCUGGAACUAUUGUUUACUUUCAUUGCCGUUUCAAAAUCAAUCAAUAUUUAUAAAUUUAUGAUAUUUGGCAAUUUUUGGGUUAUUCUGAAGUCCUGUAAAGAAUAUAUUUAUAUUACAUAAAAAAAUAUCCUAACAUUAUCCAUAGAUGAGGUUUACUUUUGUCAUCUUUGUGGUUUGAUAAAUAAAGCGAAAUAAAUGAA